CACGGCUGCCUCUACCGCACGUCCCCGGACCCCGCGCAGCUGGGCGCGGCCUACAGCGUGGGGCUCGUGGUCGCCUGCUACCUGCUGCCUUUCCUGCUCAUGUGCUUCUGCCACUAUCACAUCUGCAAGGCCGUGCGCCUGUCGGGUGUGCGCGUGCGGCCUGUGACCACCUACGCGCGGGUGCUGCGCUUCUUCAGCGAGGUGCGCACCGCCACCACCGUUCUAGUCAUGAUCGUCUUCGUCAUCUGCUGCUGGGGACCCUACUGCUUCCUGGUGCUGCUGGCUGCUGCCCGUCAGGCCCAGGCCACGCAGGUCCCCUCGCUCUUCAACGUGGUGGCUGUCUGGCUGACUUGGGCCAAUGGGGCCAUCAACCCUGUCAUCUACGCCAUUCGCAACCCCAACAUAUCCAUGCUGCUAGGGCGCAGUCGGGAAGAGGGUUACCGGACUAGGAAUGUGGACGCUUCCCUGCCCGACCAGGGCCCGGGCCCGCGGGCCAGAAACCAGUCUGCCAACCGGCUGGGGGCCUGCAACAGGAUGAACUCUUCCAAUCCGACCAGCGGGGUAGCUGGGGACAUGGCCUUGUGGGCUCGUAAAACUCCAGUUGUACUUUUCUGCCGGGAAGGGCCACCGGAACCUGUGACAGCAUUGGCCAAACAGCCUCCAUCUGGAGCCAGGGAUACCAGCCUCUAAGCAGAGUUGGGGUGCACAGCUUGUGAAGGUAGCUUUUUACCUGCUUCGUUUAAUGCAGGAUUCUGGGGAGAAGUGUGUUUUUCAUAAAGCUAAACAUUUAAAAAAGAUACAGAUUGGGAGGCCUACCAUUCCCCAAACAACAUACAAGACAAUGUCACCUUCAUAUGUGCCAAAAGGAAUGUAAAGUGCAAAAAUUAAAAAAAUCUGAAACCACACAACCAAGCAUUGUGAACUGUAAGUGCCAAAAAUGACUAAAUAAAAUUCACAAUUACUGAAAAGCUCUUAUUACAGGAAUCACACUGUGAAACAAAAUCAUUGAAUGCAAUCAGUAUUUGUUCAAACACAUAGUUUCAAGAAAGAACAGAGACCCUCAGAAUUGCUUACCGAACCCUCUAAAUCACCAGCAUUCAAUUCAGAUUUCUAGAACUUGCUACUCUGACACAUGCUUUGGGUACUUAGGUUGGGAGCAGAAAAUUCUUAUCCUUACACUCUUCGGUCUACUUCAUACCCCAUCCCUCUAAAAUCUUUGUGGGAAAUUUUAAAUUCAUAUCCCAUGUAAAACUGUAGGAUUUUGAAAAGGUGGUUUAUUACCAUAAAAUUCAGCCACCUGAAGUAUGAAAAUAAAGAAAUGUGGCUGUUUUAAAAAGUAUUCUAAAAUUAUAAUUAGAAAGUUAUGUUUCUCAUCCUACCCCCAAAAUUAUCUGCCCUGACUAGGGCUGAGGCUUUAUUUACCCUUCCUCUAACCUGCUGCUUUUGUUUCUAAUACAUUGGGUGAUGCUGCUCUCAGGAUGCUUUCACACUUUUAAAAAAUAACGUUUGU